CGACUACAUCCAUGGAAAGUUGCCGUUUUUAUAACUGAACCCAAUCCACUUCUUCUCUACUCUGCCCACCAACCAAAACGGGAAUGCCAAUUUUCACAGCUAUACAGGGGUCCGUUACGGCCCCUUCCUUUUUCUCUCAACUCUUCUCCUCGAACGAUGCUUCUUCUUCUUCUUCUCUACUGGCUUCUCACACUUGCCAUUUUACUUGUUCUAAAAUUUUCCACAAAUCUAGACACUCAUUUUCCACUCUCAAAGUCUCUGUCUCUGAGAAUCCGAAUCAGUCAGCCACCACCGCUACCGCCUUCUCCACCGGAGUUGUUGAAGCCUCACCUGAUGGUAUUCGACAAGCUCGGAGGUCCGCUGAUUGGAAGGCGGCAAGGGCUUAUAUUGAUAGUGGAUCCAUCUAUGAGGGCAGGAUUGAAGGAUUUAAUAAUGGCGGCUUGCUAAUUCGGUUUUAUUCCCUUCUGGGUUUUCUUCCAUUUCCUCAGUUGAGUCCAUCGCAUUCUUGUAAAGAACCAGAAAAAACUAUCCAUGAGAUAGCUAAAGGUUUGAUCGGUUCACGUAUUUCUGUCAAGGUAAUCCAAGCAGAAGAGGAGAACAGAAAAUUGAUAUUCUCUGAGAGGGAAGCUUCCUGGUUGAAGUUUUCUAAAAGAAUCAAUGUAGGAGAUAUUUUUGCAGGAAGAGUGGGUUCUGUUGAGGAUUAUGGUGCCUUUGUUCACCUGCUCUUCCCUGAUGGUUUAUAUCAUCUCACCGGAUUAGUACAUGUGUCAGAGGUUUCUUGGGAUUUAGUUCAAGAUGUAAGAGACGUCCUUAGUGAGGGUGAUAAAGUGAAGGUCAAAAUUGUUAAUAUUGAUCGGCAGAAGUCGAGGAUUACAUUGUCAAUCAAACAGUUGGAAGAAGAUCCAUUGCUGGAAACUUUGGAUAAAGUAAUACCUCAGGAUGGUUCAGUUGAUCCUGAUCCUUCCACCAUGAAUAGCAGCGGUACAAUUGAACCUCUUCCAGGUCUAGAAGCAAUAAUUGAAGAACUACUAAUUGAAGAAGGUGUAGAUAGUGUUAGAAUCAAUAGACAAGGGUUUGAGAAACGUGUUGUUUCACAAGAUCUGCAACUUUGGCUUUCCAAUGCACCACCUGUAGAUAGGAAGUUCACCCUUCUUGCUCGUGCUGGACGACAGGUGCAAGAAAUACAACUGACCACAGCACUUGAUCAGGAAGGUAUCAAAAAGGCACUGCAACGAGUAUUGGAAAGGGUACCAUGAUGUCCAAUGAAUUUGGUUGGUUCUUUUCUUUUUCAUUGCCUUCUUCAAAUCUGACCUCUGUAAACUCACAAUGGAGGUCAGUUUCUAGGGUUAUAUGUUCUCUAGAUGUUCUCCAUUUUUGGCUCUUAAAUUGUAAAUCUGAGAACACGCAUUUAAUACAAUGGCUAGUUGGCUACAUACCAUAGAAA